AUGAAGAGUCUGUUAAAGAAAGCAAAGAACUUGUUCUCAUCACCACAUCAACAGCAUCAACAACAUGAUGAAUUACAACAGGAUGAACAUAAUAUUGCUGGUGAUGGAGCAGUCAAUAAUAAUAACCCAGAGCAACAACAUUCGAAUGAUUCUUCUACAAAGUCAUUGACCGAUCCAAUACAACAACAUGACGAGGGCAAGACGACACCGCCCGACAAUGGUGGAUUCAUUGCAACUUGCGAAGUGGAGAACAGUCACAGUGGAAGCGGCGGCGAGAAGCACGCCAACAGCACAGCGUCACCAACGCCGGCUACGGCACCCGCCGCCACAGCACCCGCAUCGGGCGCACGCGACAACAGCAAGCCCGCACCCAAGCACAAGCCCUCACUGCUCAACUUCAACCUGAGCGGCAAGAAGGACAAGGAAAAGGAGCCGGUCAAGCCGGCCGCCAUGCCCAAGUCGACGACGCCCGACUCCAAGAAGGAGGAGGAGCGUGUGCCAGAUGCUCGCGAGAUCAUAUAUAUCAAGGGUCUGGAGGACCUGCCCGACGACUGCCUGAAGCUGGUCAAGCUGUCGGGUCUGUCCGAGGAGAAGAUGGUCAAGAACAUGCAGGUGCUGCUGCACGUGCUCUACUUCCGCACUGGCAAGAACAUUCGUAUGGAGGGCGAGCCACCUCGCGAGCCCCGCAAGAAGUUUGUCUCGGAGCGAUUCAAUGACGGCGAGACGCUGCUGGUGCCCGUCGAGCCGGGCCAGCUAAAGAAGCUGUACAAGGACCCGGACCAGGUGGGCAAGGGUGGCUUUGGUACCGUUUACUUUGCCCGCUCCACCAAGGAGAAGAAGAUGGUGGCAAUCAAGAAGAUGCCUCAUGUGACCAAGCGUCAGAUCCAACAAAACUUCCGCGAGGCUUCAAUACUGGCCAAGUGCAAUCAUCCAAAUAUUGUCAAGCUCAUUACCUGCCAUUUGGACAAGGAUCAGAACCUCUGGCUGAUAAUGGAGUUUAUGGAGGGUGGAACGUUCGAGGAGGCUGCUCGCGCAUGGCGAUUCAACGAGAACAACCUGGCCUACAUUGCACGUGAGCUCCUCAAGGGACUGCAGUACCUGCAUGAGAAUGGCAUGGUUCACAGAGACCUAAAGAGCGCAAACAUUAUGAUGUCUGUCGAGGGCAAGAUUAAGUUAAUUGACUUUGGACUGUGCGAGGAUGUGUCGACUUCCAGCCCGUGCCACAUGGUUGGCUCACCAUUUUGGAUGGCGCCAGAGAUGAUAUUGGGCAAGCCUCAUAAUACAGCAGUGGACAUAUGGAGUUUUGCAGUAUCAUUGUUGGAGAUGGCCAAUCAGAGGCCGCCAAUGAUGGAGUCGGCUGUCAAGGCCAUGUUCACAGUCGCCACAGAGGGAUCGACAGGCUUUGACGAGCCAGAGCUCUGGUCCAACACAUUCAAGGAUUUCUUGUCGAAAUGCCUGAAACUGGACCCAGCUGAGCGUGCCACCGCCGUCGAUCUCCUAAAGCAUCCCUUCAUCAAGAAGGCUGACUCACGCGACAACAUGGAAGGCAUUCUCAAGAAGAUCUUCCUUACCAAUUCACUCAUGAACUCUGGAUUCUAA